AUGUCACGCCCGCGGGGCUCGGCUUUCCCAAAAGUUUCCUACAAAAAAUUUAUUAUGGAUACAAACGGUGUAACUAGUAAUGGAAUUACAGACCUUGUGGUGAAUGCUGAAGCACAAGAAAAUGUUCAAGAUACAAUGUUAGAUACAUCCGAUAUGGGCAAUGAUGAAUCAGACAUUGAAACAAUGAGAAAACGAAUUCGUGAAAUGGAAGAAGAAGCUGAAAAACUUAAAUUAAUGCAACUUGAAAUUGAAAAACAAACGCAGCUACCUGGAACGCCUGGCACACCUCAGUUUCCCACUAUUGAAGAAAAAAUGGAAGCAGAUCAAAGAUCUGUUUAUGUAGGAAAUGUUGAUUAUUCUGCCACAGCACAAGAAUUAGAAAAUCAUUUUCAUGGGUGCGGAUCAAUUCAUCGUGUUACAAUCUUAUGUGAUAAAUUUAGUGGACAUCCAAAAGGGUAUGCGUACGUUGAGUUUGCCGAUAAAGAUUCUGUACAAACUGCAGUGGCACUUGAUGAUUCAUUAUUCAAGGGUCGACAAAUCAAAGUUUUUGGAAAACGUACAAAUCGUCCUGGAUUUACGUCAACCGACCGUCCAUCAAGAGGUGGUCGAGGUUUUGCACGUGGAGGACGUUAUCCAAGAGGAGGUGCCGCGUAUAUGCCGGCUUACAUUCCUACUUUCCGUGGAAGAGCUCGACCAUAUUUCAGAGGUCGAGGACGUAGCAGUUAUUUUUAUUCACCAUAUUAG